AUGGAAGACAAAAGAGAUUUGUUAAAACAGCCGCUUCACGGGAUCUACAUUCCCAUCGGCCUCAUUCUCUUUGGCACUGCCCUUUUUGGCUUGCAGUACCUUCCCUACAGUAUAGGAUUUAUCGUCAUUGUGUGUCUGUGGAAUUUCUAUGAAGCCUGGAACAGACGCCAGUCAGUGGAGCCUGUGCGUUGGAAUGAGUUAGAACUAAUUGACAAGACGGUCAUCUCGAGAAACUCGGCCAUUUACAGGUUCAAGCUCAACCACGAGGAUGAGGUGCUCAACGUUCCCACUGGGCACAAUGUAGCGUGCUGCUUCACCAUUGAUGGCAAGGACGAAAUCCGGUACUAUACACCCAUUUCCAACCGCUUUGAUACGGGAUUCUUCGAUUUACUUGUUAAGUCGUAUCCUCAGGGAAAAGUCCUGAGGAAGUUUGCAUCGCUCAAAGAGGGACAGACAGUGCUCUUCAGAGGACCUGUGGGUAGAUUGGAAUACAAGACCAAUAUGGCCAAAGAAAUUGGAUUGGUUGCAGGCGGCUCGGGCAUAACCCCCAUUUUGCAAGUGAUCACUCAGGUCAUCACCACCCCCGAGGAUACCACCAAGCUCUCGCUAAUUUAUGCCAACGAGACGGCCAAUGAUAUCUUAUUGAAGGCAGAGUUGGACGAAAUCGCUAGAAAAUAUCCUCAUUUUAAAGUUCAUUACACCUUGACGAACCCUCCAGCAGAUUGGACGGGCUCCACAGGGUACGUUACUAAAGAAAUGGUGCAAGAGCACUUACCGCCCGCGUCACCAGACAAUAGACUCUUUAUCUGCGGCCCACCAGAGAUGAAGCGCAGCAUGAUGGAGAUUUCUGAGAGCUUGGGGUGGGAAAAAACCACGAUGAAGUCAGCCCCUACCGACCAGGUGUUCUGCUUUUAG